UCCAAGUUUUUUGGGUCUAAACAAUAAUGGCGACUUUCUUCUGCUUACGACCUCACUCGCUCGUCCUCUCUCCUACCGUAGACAAAACCAGGCAUGUCAACCGUCUUCUCCACCGAACCUCCCAUGGUUUCUCCAAUAAAAAAUCUCUCCUUCCUUGUAAGGUUGGUGUUGUCAGGUCCUCUUUAAGUCCUGAUUCGUUUCCCGAUCCGGAGAGUGCAGAAACUCUCGUUCGACAACUGUUCGGAAGAGCUGAAGGCUUUAUCUAUACGAUUGCCGAUGCUGCGGUGUCUUCUUCGGAUUCUGUGACUGCCACUAAACCGAACGGUGACUGGUUUUCUGGAAUUACCGGUUAUUUGGAGAGUGUUCUCAAGGUUUUGAAGGACGGAUUUUCGUCUUUACAUGUCCCCUACUCUUAUGGAUUUGCGAUUAUUCUUCUCACUGUUAUUGUUAAAGCUGCCACAUUUCCUCUGACGAAGAAGCAGGUUGAAUCUGCAAUGGCAAUGCGUUCUUUGCAACCUCAAGUAAAGGCUAUUCAGCAACGUUACGCAGGAGAUCAGGAGAAAAUACAACUUGAAACUGCUCGCUUGUAUAAAUUAGCAAGUGUAAACCCAUUGGCAGGAUGCCUUCCCACUCUGGCUACAAUACCUGUUUGGAUCGGACUAUAUAGAGCUCUUUCUAAUGUGGCAGAUGAGGGGCUCCUUACAGAAGGUUUUUUCUGGAUUCCCUCCCUCGCUGGUCCAACUACAAUUGCUGCUCGACAAAGUGGCAGUGGGAUCUCUUGGCUUUUCCCAUUUGUAGAUGGUCAUCCACCCCUUGGUUGGUCAGACACCUUGGCAUAUCUUGUUCUACCUACAUUGCUUGUCAUCUCACAAUAUAUCUCCGUUCAAAUUAUGCAGUCAUCACAGGCUAAUGAUCCAAACUUGAAGAGUUCCCAAGCUAUAACUAAGUUCCUGCCGUUGAUGAUCGGUUAUUUUGCGCUUUCUGUUCCCUCUGGCCUGAGUCUUUAUUGGUUGACAAAUAACAUUCUGAGUACAGCACAACAGAUAUGGCUCCAAAAGCUGGGUGGGGCCAAAAAUCCAGUGGGGCAGCUUAGUGUUGAUACCACUGUGGAAGAGCAACCCAAGAUUCAUAAGUCUAACCUAGAAGUUGACUCAACCAAAGCAGAGCAGAAACCUGUGGGAAAAUUGACUCAGGAAGGGCCAAGUCCUGGUGAAAGAUUUAAACAGUUAAAGGAGCUAGAGGCUCGGAGGAGACAACAAAGGGAAGAACAAAAGACAAAAGCAGCAGCUGAAGGAACUGAAACAUUGAAGGCAGCCGAAGAGAAAGAAGCAAAUGAGGCCAAUUUUGUCAAGGCAGAAGUCAAAAGAUCUGAAGCAGAUUCAUAUUCUAAUGGGAAUGAAAAAGUUCAAUUAGUGCAUGAAAUCCAUGAUUCUUCUAGUGCUGGAGUUACCCUUGUGAAUGGUGAUCACUCCAUUCUGGGAUCAAAGGAAGAACAUAAGAAGAUGACUGUAUCUAGGAUGGAAAAUGGUGGGCUUUCUGUCGACUAUGAGGUUGAUGGAAAGGAUGAACAACACUUUGACAAAAACAUGGAUAAGGAAGUAGCAGUGGAACCAUACAGUACUUCAAAUAUUUCAGGUGGUAAAUGUUCCAGUGAAGUUUUUGAUGAUCGAGGGGAUAAACAAAGUGAAAGAGAUGAAGCUUAGACACUCAACUCAAACUUGGAUAAUUUUUUCAAGUGAGAACAAAAUUGCGUUGGUUUCAGCUUCAGUUGUACAAAAGAGGUACAGAAAGGACAGACCCCUCCGAACGCACAUAGGUAGUUCCCUGUUUUGGCUAAAAGCAUGAUUUGUAAGGCCUUGGGAUCCAUGAGGUGUAAAUUGUUGUACUCAUAGAUGAAUAUCGGACUAAUAAGAUUUUGAGUCUCGAAGUAUUUACUGUUGUAGAAUGCCUUAUUAUGUAACAAUUGUCU